AUGAAUAACACGCGUCAAAGGGGACAAUCAGCUAAAUAUCAUGGGCUGGCGAAUAAAGGAGCUACAUGCUACCUGAACAGCGUGCUGCAGGUGCUGUUCAUGACUAAAGACUUCAGGGAAAAAAUUACAAGCUAUAGCCACACCCCUCCGCCCACAGGGAAGAAGCACAUUGACAGUGAGCUUCAAAACCUUUUCAGAGAUUUGGAAAAACGUUCUGCCGAUACAUGCGACAUCACAGGGAAACUGAGCAUAAUAAAUGUGUUUGAGCAGCACGAUGCAGCAGAGUACUACGAGAAGAUUCUACGGUUUACCAGACCGGAGGCAUCAGAGAUCUUCCAUGGAAUACUCAUCAACAGGACUAAAUGCAGUGCUUGUGGCAAAGGGCCUGAGAUUGAAGCGCCAUUCUGGAGCCUUCCUCUCCCUCUGGUGACUAACUGCAAUGAAUACAGCGUGGAAAAUGGCAUUAGGGACUUCUUCUGUUCGACAAAGAUCAGCGGCGACAACCAGAUGUACUGUGAAACAUGUGAUGACAAACGUGAUGCGGAUCUGGAAUGUGAGAUGAAAGAAUAUCCACAGGUCCUUGUCCUCCUGUUAAAACGCUUCGAGAUGAUUUUUGAGUAUAAUUUUUGGAGAAAAAUCAACUGCCCAGUGAAGAUACCCGAAUUUCUGACCUUUCAAGAUAAUCAGAAAUAUAAACUUUAUGCUUAUGUGGACCAUUUUGGAGACCUGCAAAGUGGACAUUACAUCGCCACAAUCAAAUCCCAGGAUUAUGACGGAUGGUGGAUUUUUGAUGAUUUAAACGUUCAAAAGUCAAAGUAUAAUCAUUUCCAGUUGGAUCCCACCGAGCUGUCAAGACAUGUUUAUCUUCUGUUUUACCAGAAAGAAGAAGAGGUCCAGGGCCAGGGAGCCCUCGUAGAUCAGAGAAGAACCGCUAUUUUUCACAAGACAAUCAGCUAG